AUGAAUUCCAAGCCACACGACGUGUGUGUCAGGAAAGACGCGGAGAACAAUCAGGUGCACUUUGUCGGCAGCAACAACCAAACCGGUUGGUUUGUGUCGAAACCGCUGGCUGUGGUGGUAGCUCUACUUCUGCUACUGCUCGUCAUCGGUGCAGUGCUGGUUGCCUACUUCAUUCCAACAUGCUCACAGGAAACACGUGGGGCUUCGCGGACUGCAAUUCCGAGCACGCCGUCACCAACCGACGAAGAUAUAUUGGGAGAAAAGGAGUAUUUUGGGGGACGUCUAUCAGAUGUUAUUAACCCACUUAAUUACUGGGUGCAAUUGACAGUAUUUCUGGACGAUGAAGACGGGGAAAAGCAGCUUACCUUCGACGGUGAACUCCAUUUUACUUUCGUUUGCACCGAAGUCACAUCGUCUCUCACAUUGCACAAGGAUAUGCUGGCAAUUCAUAUAGACACACUAUCCUUAAAGACGGAUGACUUGACCAAUGAACUAGAAAUAAUUGACGUACGAGAAGAGGAACGCUAUCAUUUUUUCAUUAUUGAAAUUGAAACCUCACUAGAAGUUGGUCAAAAAUACACCUUAAGUCUGAUGUAUAACGGCACAUUGAACCAGGAAUAUCUGGGGUUUUAUUACGUAACAUACGAGGUGGACCAUCAAAUACGGUAUAUAGCAGGUACUCAGCUGCAAACCGUUUUCGCUCGUCGCAUGUUCCCCUGCCUCGAUGAGCCCAAAUUCAAGGCCGUGUUCACCAUAGCUGUAAGGCACCGCAGAAGGAGGCAAGCAUACAGCAACAUGCGAAUCGCCAGAGAAGAAAACCACGAAAACGACUGGAAGACAUCAUAUUUCGAACCUUCCCCUGUCAUGUCAACCUAUUUGGUAGCAAUAGUUGUUGCUGAUCUCGAGUGCAAGGCGUCAGUAACCGCCAGAGAUAUUGAUCUAAGAGUGUGUUCCAUCCCGGAGAAAAUACACACCGUGGACUACUCUUUGAAUAUAGGCAGUCAACUGAUGACGUACUUCGAUGAUAUAUUUGGUUUGCCGUACUACGACAUGGCGGAUAAAAUGGAUAUGGUAGCAAUUCCAGAUCAGAAAGGAGCUAUGGAAAACUUGGGUUUGAUAAUAUAUGGCGAGUCUACUUUGCUAUACGACAGUGCAAUUCAUACCAAUUCUGACCUUCAAUUGACUGCUGUAAUAGUAGUGCACGAGAUCGCUCAUCAGUGGUUUGGUAACACCGUUACAUGUAGCUGGUGGUCUGAUCUGUGGCUCAAUGAAGGAUUUGCGCGUUAUUUUGAAGGCAUAGGACUGGAACACGUGGAACAAGAUUGGCGGUAUCUGGAGCAGCUAUACCCAGUGGACACCAUUUACCCGGCCAUGGACGCUGACAGCAAAUCAGUUACGUCUCAUCCGAUCAUCGUUCCGUCGGUUGGAUGGCCGGAAGAAGCGGAAGGAAUGUUUGAUGCCAGCAUCACGUAUAGUAAGGGAGGCUGCAUCAGUACAAUGAUGGAGAGCUUUCUUGGAAGAGAAACUUAUUUCACUGCAUUACGGAUAUAUUUAGAUAAAUAUCAAUAUACAGAUACAAUAACAGACCAGCUGAUGGAAGUACUCUCGCAGGCUAAUGCCGGCAAUGGCGAUAGGAGCAUGAAAGAACUUAUGGAUCCAUGGCUACGCCAGGCUGGUUAUCCUGUUGUCGACGUCACAAGGACAGGUAGUAGAACCUUCCACGCCGAUCAAGAGAUAUUCUUUCAGUACAAAAAUGACAAACCCGACAGAAGACAUCCUCAUAUGGGCUAUAAGUGGCAUAUUCCGUUAAUCUAUACAUAUCAAGCAAACAGUCAAAGUCAACGUUUAUUGUGGAUGAACCUAGAACCGAUUGAUUUCGAAUUGCCGAGCGACUCCACGAAACACGACUGGAUACUGGUUAACAUAGACCAGAAGGGAUACUACCGAGUAAACUACGAUCUAGACAACUGGAACAAACUUGCACAACAGCUUUUAGACGACCACACGGUGUUCUCGGCUCGUACAAGAGGUGCACUGAUCGCCGAUGCCUUAAAUCUGGCUAAGGCGCAGCGGCUCGGUGCAGUUGUCGCGUUAAAACUGAUGCAAUAUUUGGUCACAGAAAGAGACUUUUUACCAUGGUAUACUGUAUCAAGGUACAUAGAGUACACGAAAGACAUGCUUGGAAGAACAUCGACAUACUGGUUUUUUCAGAAAUUUAUGAGUGACCUGUCUACACCCCGACACGCUGAGCUUGGUUGGGAUUUAUAUCAAGGCACUCACCUGGAAACUCAUAGUAGACUGGAUGCACUAACGUUGGCGUGUCAGUUCGACAGCCCCGUAUGUAUUGAGAAUGCCAAGUACCACUGGAAUCUUUGGAAACAAGACCCCGACAACUACGAAAUUCGCAUAGAAAUACAAUAUAUUGUAUUCUGUAUUUCAAUACGAUACGGCGGGCCUCAAGAAUGGAACUUCGCGUUUGAAAGGCUGAAAAUUGACAGCGAAAACGCCGAUACUUUACUGGAAGCUCUUGCGUGUAGUACGGAACCUUGGACGUUGCAAAGGUAUCUUGAAUAUUCCUUAUACUCAGACGAGCUGUUAUGGACAUUGCCAUAUAUUAGAAGAAGUUCUGGACUAGGAUUAUCAGUAGCUUUUGAUUUUAUCGUGAACCGAUUUGACGAGAUAUAUAACAGAUACAACGACACCACGUUUUAUAUGUUGUUUGGAGUGGCGAAUUAUUUGAACUCAGAGGCAGAUAUAAAGCGGUUGGAAUCGUUUCGUCAGCUUUCCCAAGACCAUGGGCUUGAAAAAGCGUUUCACAAAACAUUGGAAGUCAUACAAACCAACAUAGAAUGGAUGGAUAAAAAUCACAAAGACAUUCACGAUUGGCUGGUGGAGAACACGCAACAAAACGCCGGUAAUCAGUUUAUCAGCACAACACAGAGCUGAAAACAGGAUAUAGUUUUACACAGUACAUAUGAUAUUAAAUUUUAAGUUGUUUUUAGAUCGCCCCUAUGCCCAUAUCGGCCUGAUCGUAUCCAAUAUAAAUACCGACACAAUAUAUUAAUUCAAAAUCUGGUACGAAAGGUUGGUUCUGCUUUAUUUUUAGAUAAAGGUGCUUACUAGUUGUACUAGUUGACAAGAAACGUGGAUGUGAUAUGAAUACCUCAAUGUGUAGCAAUGUAGUACGAAGCUCUUACGCUUUGUUUUCCAUUUC